AUGGUAAAGCAGCAGGGAUCCGGCAAGACCAACUUGGCCAACGAAGAUGAAGCAUAUGAAGCUAUUUUUGGCGGAGAGUUUGGCUCUUUAGAAAUCGGGUCAUACAUUGGCGGGGAUGAAGGUGCCAAUUCAAAGGACUAUACGGAGCAUUUGCCGGAUGCUGUAGAUUUUGAAGAUGAAGAUGAACUUGCUGAUGACGAUGACGAUUUGCCAGAAGAAUCUGAUGCUAAUUUGCAUCCAGCUAUGAUGACUAUGGGCGCGUAUGAUGAUGUAAACGAGAACGGUGCCGUACUCGGUAUCGACUCAAAUAGUUUGAAUAUGCAACUGCCUGAAAUUAAUGGUGAUUUGUCUCAACAGUUUAUUUUGGAGGAUGAUGGGGGUACUCCCGCAACUAGCAAUGCUUUGUUUAUGGGAAUGGAUGCAAAUGAAAUUCAUCUCGCCACUGAAACUGGAGUUCUUGAUGGUAGUGGCGCAAAUGAAAUUGGGCAUUCUCAACUUUCCAUUGGUGGCGUUAAUGGAAAUGAUAUGUCGAUAAAUGGUGGAUUUAUCAUGGAACCAGAUAUGUCAGAUGGCAAGCAUAAGAAAGCCACCAAAUUAGACUUGAUAAACCAUGAGAAGUAUCUUCUAAAAAAAUACUUUCCUGAUUUUGAAAAGGGUAAAAUUUUAAAAUGGAACAAGCUGAUUUAUAGAAGAUCUGUUCCUUAUCAUUGGCACAGUGAAAUAUCUAGGGUAAAGAAACCGUUUAUGCCUUUAAAUUUGAAAUUCAAGGUUCAACAGGAUGAUAAGAGGCUAUUCAACUCAAGGACAAUAUCUUACGUCGCUCCGAUUUAUCAAGGGAAAAACAAUUUACUUCAAAGUAACUCUUCUGCAUCCCGAAGAGGUUUAAUUCAUGUUUCCAUUGAUGAACUUUUCCCUAUCAAAGAGCAACAAAAAAAAAGAAAGAUUAUUCAUGAUGAAAAGACCAUAUCGGAAGACUUGCUUAUUGCCACUGAUGAUUGGGACCAAGAAAAAAUCAUCAACCAAGGUACUUCAUCAACAGCAACCUUGGCGGAUUCGUCUAUGACACCCAACUUAAAGUUCUCCGGCGGUUAUAAAUUGAAGAGCUUGAUUGAGGAUGUUGCUGAAGAUUGGCAGUGGGAUGAAGACAUGAUCAUUGAUGCAAAAUUGAAAGAGUCUAAACAUGCUGAAUUAAAUAUGAAUGACGAAAAACUGUUGCUGAUGAUUGAGAAAACAAAUAAUUUAGCGCAGCAAAAGCAACAACUGGAUAGUAGUAACUUGAUAUUGCCCCUCAACGAAACUAUUUUGCAACAAAAAUUCAAUUUAUCUAAUGAUGAUAAAUAUCAAAUCUUGAAAAAAACCCAUCAAACAAAAGUUCGUUCUACCAUCUCGAACUUAAAUAUUCAGCAUUCUCAACCUGCGAUUAAUUUACAAUCUCCAUUUUACAAAGUGGCUGUUCCUAGAUACCAGUUGAGGCAUUUCCACCGUGAAAACUUUGGUUCGCACAUCAGACCAGGUACUAAAAUUGUCUUCAGUAAGUUAAAAGCGCGUAAAAGGAAAAGAGAUAAAGGUAAAGAUGUCAAAGAAUCAUUUUCUACAUCUCAAGAUCUAACCAUCGGGGAUACUGCUCCUGUUUAUUUAAUGGAAUAUUCUGAACAAACACCGGUAGCUUUGUCUAAAUUUGGUAUGGCCAAUAAAUUAAUUAAUUAUUAUCGGAAAGCCAAUGAACAAGAUACUCUAAGGCCCAAAUUGCCUGUUGGCGAAACUCACGUUUUGGGAGUUCAAGACAAAUCACCAUUUUGGAACUUUGGAUUUGUUGAACCUGGUCAUAUCGUCCCCACAUUAUACAAUAACAUGAUUAGAGCACCCGUUUUCAAACAUGAUAUAUCAGGAACAGAUUUUCUUCUGACAAAAAGUUCCGGAUUUGGUAUAAGCAAUCGAUUUUACUUACGUAAUAUUAACCAUCUUUUUACGGUUGGACAAACUUUUCCUGUCGAGGAGAUUCCCGGACCUAAUUCAAGAAAGGUGACAUCAAUGAAAGCUACAAGACUGAAAAUGAUUAUUUAUAGAAUUCUAAACCAUAAUCACAGCAAGGCAAUUUCUAUUGAUCCCAUUGCAAAGCACUUUCCCGACCAAGAUUAUGGACAAAACAGACAAAAAGUGAAGGAGUUCAUGAAAUAUCAAAGAGAUGGUCCUGAAAAAGGUCUGUGGAGGCUUAAAGAUGAUGAAAAAUUGUUAGACAAUGAAGCAGUGAAAAGUUUAAUUACGCCAGAGCAGAUCAGCCAAGUUGAAUCAAUGAGUCAGGGCUUACAAUUCCAAGAAGAUAAUGAAGCAUAUAAUUUUGAUUCUAAGCUAAAAUCUCUAGAAGAAAACUUGUUACCAUGGAACAUUACAAAAAAUUUUAUUAAUUCAACACAAAUGCGAGCUAUGAUACAAAUACAUGGUGUUGGUGACCCAACGGGCUGUGGUGAAGGUUUUUCUUUCUUGAAAACUUCAAUGAAAGGUGGUUUUGUUAAGUCUGGUUCUCCUUCCAGUAAUAACAAUAGUUCAAACAAAAAAGGCACUAACACGCAUAGCUACAAUGUGGCUCAACAGCAAAAAGCUUACGACGAAGAAAUUGCGAAGACCUGGUAUACACAUACAAAAUCGUUGAGCAUAAGCAAUCCUUUUGAGGAAAUGACCAAUCCUGAUGAGAUUAAUCAGACCAACAAGCAUGUUAAGACGGAUAGAGAUGAUAAGAAAAUUCUGAAGAUUGUUAGAAAGAAAAGAGAUGAAAAUGGUAUAAUUCAAAGGCAGACAAUUUUCAUAAGAGAUCCUAGGGUCAUUCAAGGAUAUAUAAAAAUCAAAGAACAGGAUAAAGAAGAUGUUAACAAAUUGUUAGAGGAGGACACUUCAAAGAUAAAUAACUUGGAAGAACUUGAGAAACAGAAAAAACUGUUGCAACUAGAAUUAGCUAAUUUGGAAAAAUCACAGCAACGUAGAGCAGCAAGGCAAAAUUCGAAGAGAAAUGGUGGUGCCACGAGAACAGAAAACUCUGUGGAUAAUGGUAGCGACCUUGCCGGUGUAACUGACGGGAAAGCAGCCAGGAAUAAAGGUAAGAACACUACAAGGAGAUGUGCUACAUGCGGACAAAUCGGGCACAUUAGAACAAAUAAAUCUUGUCCAAUGUAUAGCAGUAAAGAUAACCCUGCUUCACCAAAGUAG